CUGUACAAACAUGAAGACUUUUGAAAUAGCCACCAGUAUUUUGUUUACGCUCUUUUUGCCAAAAUCUGCUCUUUCGACUGUGAUUGACGGUUCAGAAUGCAAAUGUAUACCUGGAGACCCAUGCUGGCCUUCAAUGCAAGAUUGGUCGGCAUUCAACGAAACGAUAAACGGUAGUCUCAUCGCCAGCGUACCUCCGGCAGAAGCUUGCUAUCCCGGAAAAUCAUACAAUGCCGACGCAUGCAACCUGAUUCUCGCGUCGUGGUUCGACAGCAACUGGCAUGCGAAAAGCCCAAUAAGUAUUGACUAUCCAGAAUGGGCAAAUAAUUCUUGUAACCCGAUAUUUCCCAAUGGAACCUCGCUGACUGGGGAUCCAAAUUCUGGCUCACGCGGGUGCACAUUGGGCUAUUAUCCUGUGUAUGCGGUCAAUGCGAGUAGUGCAGAGAUGAUCAGCACCGCUGUAAAGUGGGCGGCCUCCAGAAACAUUCGCUUGGUUGUGAAGAAUACUGGGCAUAGCUUUGCGGGGCGCAGUACUGGUUACGCAAGCCUGUCAAUCUGGACUCAUAACAUGCGUGGUUUCCAGUACCAUGAUGAUUGGAAACCCAUCGGCUGUUCCUCGACCAAUUCGACAGAGAAACAGAAGGCAGCUACUCUCGCGGCUGGAAUGCAAGACCGUGACGUGUAUGCUCUUUCGCAUGAGCAUGGUGCAAUAGUAGUCGGUGGCUCGAACCCAAGUGUCGGAAUAAUGGGAUGGUUUCCUGGUGGGGGCCACGGCCCCCUUUCAUCAUCGUACGGAAUGGGCGCUGACAAUUUGCUUCAAGCAAAGGUCGUGUUAGCGAAUGGAGACGUGGUCAUUGCUAAUGAGUGCCAGCAUAGCGAUCUUUAUUGGGCUCUUCGAGGUGGAGGUUCGGGGACUUUUGGCGUAAUUGUUGAGGCAACAAUGAUGGCCUUUCCAACACCUCAGACAACAAUAACAUUAUUGAAUGUCACCUCAUUACCAGGUGAUGGCACGAAUCUAACAAGUCGCUGGUGGCAGUUGAUAGCAGAACUGCAUGCAGACUUUCCAGCAAUCAAGGAUGGCGGGGCCCAGGGGUACUACGUUGUUUCUGCCCCUCCAAUUGUUGCGCUUCCAAGCUUCGAAUUCUUCACCUAUCAUUACGAGUCCGACAAAGAUACGGUGGAUAGCCUAUGGAGACCGGUUCUCGACAGAUUGAAUGAGCACAAAGAUUUUGUCAACUAUACAUUCUUCACCUACACGGCACCAACCUUUUUCGAUAUAUGGAACGCAUCAACGGGACAAGCCUUUGAGGCUGUAGCAACAGGGGGAGGAUGGAUGGCUUCGCGCUUAUUGACACGCAGAGCUCUGACAGAGGACAUCCAGGCAGUUGCGAAAGCGUUCGAGAAAGCCGGUCCAAUACUGAUUGGCCAUAUGAUCGCUAAUGACAAAAAUCGUCGGCUCGAUAGCGCCCUGAAUCCUGGAUGGCGUGAUACCGUAGUUCACGUUGUGGUUGUAGCUGAGUACCGCGAUGGUGACCCGCCCGAUGUUAAAGAGAAGGCGAAGGAGGAAACAAUGAGUGUCAAAGCAUACGCCUUGAAGCAGAUCUCUCCAGAGGCAGGCGCAUACUUUAACGAGAUGAAUCCGUAUGAGCCAGACUGGCAGUAUACUUUUUUCAGCAAGAACUAUCCUCGUCUUCGCAGAAUUAAGGACAAAUACGAUCCAACAGGAGUAUUAUGGUGUUUGAGCUGCGUAGGCAGUGAGGACUGGAUUGAGAAGGAGAAUAAGAGACUGUGUCGUCCGUCUUGGUGGUAGAAUGAGCGCUUUGGGCGCUUUCAUCGUGAAUUUUCAGUUUCCCAAAUCGUGAUCAACGGUUGAUUUGACCUUUCAACCUUUUCCGUUCAUGAGGUUAAUAGUCAGAUUACGUAAUACAAGGCCUUCGUUGAUUGGCUCGG